AUGUUAGGUGAUAAUGGUCUAUAUAAACAAAUUCUCGGAGAGCACCCUCAGCCUACAGUUGAGGACAAAUACGGAGUUCAUUUCGAGUACCAUGACCUCUGUUCUAGGCUUAUGGAAGUCAAACUAGAGCGAGAAAACAAGCCAUCCCAUAGAAAAAAAUCAUCUUCAAAGAUCUCCAAUCUCAAAAACGUUUUGGAAGCUGACGGAGACGCCCCAAAUGAAAUUUUGACAGAAAGAACAAAUUUUACAGAAAAUUGUAAACCCACAAAAAAGAGGAGAUCGUUAAGUAACACUAAGUCAAAGUCCCAUCUAGGCACUCAAGAAUCCAACAAAAAGAGCAUCUCCCCUUUUAACAAGAAGACACCUACCUAUGCAACAAAAACUAUUUGCUCUAAAAAUAAAACAGUUACAAGAACCAAGUCGGCUGUGGAUAAAAAUUUCAUUGAUCGGUUGGCUGGAACCAAAAAAGUUUCAGUCACGAAGCCUAACCGACCUUUAUUAAUGAAAAAACAAAAAUCAUCACUGAUUAGCGAUGUGUUUAACUAG